CAGAUACCUACUGGAGCAGGAUUUCCCAGGCAUGAGGAUUGGUCCGGAGCCCACCACUGACUCCUUCAUCGCUGUGAUGUAUGGAGAGACUGAGGGCAGCACCCCAGGGAAUGCUUUAGUCGUGGACCCCAAAAAGCCGUUUAGAAAGCUCAGUCGCUUUGGAAACGCUUUCCUGAAUCGAUUCAUGUGCUCACAGCUGCCCAAUCAGGUCCUGAAGAGCAUCAGCAUCAUCGACAGCCCCGGCAUCCUUUCUGGGGAGAAGCAGCGCAUCAGCCGAGGCUAUGACUUCUGCCAGGUCCUGCAGUGGUUUGCCGAGAGGGUGGACAGGAUCAUCCUGCUCUUUGACGCUCACAAGCUGGACAUCUCAGAUGAAUUCUCAGAGGCCAUCAAGGCCUUCCGGGGCCAGGACGACAAGAUCCGUGUAGUGCUGAACAAGGCCGACCAAGUGGACACGCAGCAGCUGAUGCGGGUCUACGGGGCCCUCAUGUGGUCCCUGGGCAAGGUCAUCAACACGCCAGAGGUGCUGCGCGUCUACAUUGGCUCCUUCUGGGCGCAGCCCCUGCAGAACACAGACAACCGCCGGCUCUUCGAGGCCGAGGCCCAGGACCUCUUCAGAGACAUCCAGAGCCUCCCCCAGAAGGCAGCGGUGCGCAAACUCAACGACCUCAUCAAGCGAGCGAGGCUGGCCAAGGUGCAUGCCUACAUCAUCAGCUACCUGAAGAAGGAGAUGCCAAGUGUAUUUGGAAAGGAAAACAAGAAGAGAGAGCUUAUCAGCAGGCUACCGGAAAUCUACAUUCAGCUACAGCGAGAAUACCAGAUUUCUGCAGGGGACUUCCCCGAGGUCAAGGCUAUGCAGGAACAGCUUGAGAACUACGACUUCACCAAAUUCCACUCGCUGAAGCCCAAGCUGAUCGAGGCAGUGGACAACAUGCUGAGCAACAAGAUCUCGCCCCUCAUGAACCUCAUCAGCCAGGAGGAGAUGAGCACGCCCACGCAGCUGGUGCAGGGCGGCGCCUUCGACGGCACCACGGAGGGCCCCUUCAACCAGGGCUACGGGGAGGGCGCCAAGGAGGGCGCCGACGAGGAGGAGUGGGUCGUGGCCAAAGACAAGCCCGUCUAUGAUGAGCUCUUCUACACUCUGUCGCCCAUCAAUGGCAAGAUAUCGGGUGUCAACGCCAAGAAGGAGAUGGUGACCUCCAAGCUGCCCAACAGCGUCCUGGGCAAGAUCUGGAAGCUGGCCGACUGCGACUGCGAUGGCAUGCUGGACGAGGAGGAGUUCGCGCUGGCCAAGCACCUCAUCAAGAUCAAGCUCGAUGGCUACGAGCUGCCCAGCAGCCUGCCCCCCCACCUCGUGCCACCCUCGCACAGGAAGUCCCUGCCCAAGGCCGACUGAGGGGCGGGCCGCAGAACGGGGCAGGAACUGGAGGACCCGGGCCUCAGGCCUGCUCCGCCACUGACUCACCGAAGGACCUUGGGCAAGGCACUGCCCUCUCUAUGCCUCAGUUUCCCCAUCUGUAGAACAGGGAGGGUGAACACUGGAAACUAGAUGACUUCUUUCACCUCCAAAAUUCCCUUUGUUUCUAUGAAAAUAUUGGGGGUAGGAGGGUGGAUUAGGAGAUUGAAUGGUUGAGAAGAAAGAGAAAUUGUCCAAAGAGUCCUCAGAAUCUGCCUGGAGCACGCAUGGGGAUGGGCCUGGUGCGUCCCAGGAACCCCAGGAAGGGAGCUGGGGCUUACGCGGAGCAGCCGGGUCUUCAGGCUGCCUGGGCUGUUCGUUCUCGUGAACGACUCUGGAGCAGCUGUCUGGCCCUCAGAGGGCACCAGGAGGCAGCAAAGAUUAUCUUAUUUAUUUUAUUUUGUUUUCUGCUAUAUUUAGAGUGGCAAAAAACAGAGCAGAGGGUUUCUGCUGUCUCCAGACUGUCUACCAAAGAGAAGGCGACAGAUGUCUCCUGGGCUUGGAAGGGGGAUGCACUGUGGAUCCCCCAUCCAUUCUGCAGAGCAGGCAGCCAGGCCCCAGCGUGCAUCCGUCCCACUGCCCCGAUGACCACCUGGUCAGCCCUCCCAGCCUCCCCUCCAGGGGGCUUUCCAGCAAAGCCAUAUUCGGCUAGGAAUUUGGAACUCACAACCUUUAUUAACCCCUGGCAAAACUUCCCGUUUGCACGUCAAAUCACAUUGAAGCCUGAAGAUGAGCUUUUCUUACUAGUUUUUCCAGUAAGUAAUAGCAAAACCCACGUAUCAUACUUAAACUACAGUAAGGAAAAGAGGUGGUUCUCUGCAGUGAUUGUUCAGUGUGGCCCUCAACCAGUAAAUAUCCCCAAGUCUCCUUGGUGGGUGGCAGGAUUUAAAUUCAGCCAAAUCCUGUCCUAGUGUGUGCAGUGUCCUCGGCCCUGUGGACACAGGUGAAUGAGGGACCAGCCCUGCCCUGGGCUGUUGAGAAGAGAUCAGUCCACCCAGAGUUAGACAUUGUUUUUGUAGAAAACAGGCAUUUAUUAUAUUUAGGGUUGUUUUUUUUUUUCUUACAGGAUAAAAGCCCUUUAUACAGAAACAGAAUGGAACCUUUCAUAUAAAAGCUUUUCUUUAAA